AUGCAACAGUCAGCUUAUACCUGGAUUUUCACAACAGGCAUAAUUGUUUUCUUUGUUGUUAUCAUAAUUCUUUUGUUUUUUACGAGGUCCCCUAUUGAGUUGCCUCUAUCCUUCAAUGGGAACUUAGAAGAUAUACCUUCUGACUCUGAAGAGGAUAUUGCAACUUUAUCUGAGGAUGCUCGCCUUAGCUAUGAAAGCGCAAAAACCUGGCAAGAACAUCAUCCACCAAACAGUAUCCCCACAGAUAUCACACCGCCACAAUUUCAAUCCAUUCAAGAAAAAGGCGUUUCUGCUUUUGAAUUUGAGUGGGAACCAGAAGCCAAUGUGUUUGUGGCAGGAAGAACUGAAAUUCAGUUUAUGGAAGGAGAAAAUUGUGUCCAGACUAACCUGCCUUUACCUCGAAACCAAGAAGUGUAUUAUUGGGAGGCCAAGAUGUAUGAAAAACCUGAAAGUACAGUCGUAUCUGUUGGUGUUGCAACAAAGCCUUAUCCUAGUUGGAGAUUGCCAGGUUGGAAUCGUUAUUCUAUUGGCUAUUUUUCAAAUGAUGGAAGCAAAUACUUUAGUUCACCAUUUACUCAAAAGCCUUAUGGUUUGCCUUACAAGCAUGGUGAUGUCAUUGGCGUUGGUUAUAGACAUCGAACUGGAUCUAUUUUUUUUACUCGCAAUGGAAGAAAGAUAGAGGAAGCUUAUACUGGUAUUCGAUGGAACUUGUUUCCUACAAUUGGUGCCAAUGGCCCUUGUCAAAUUCAUGUGAAUCUUGGUCAAAUGGGCUUUGUCUUUGUUGAAGCAAAUGUCAAGAAAUGGGGUCUAGCUCCUUCUCAAGGUACAUUGUCACCCCCACCUGCUUAUGGUACAGAAAGAGAUACUAUUCUAUUAGCCAUGGGCACACAACCAACAGACAAUGAAGCUACACUGAUUGAUAUGAAUGGGAUUGCUCAUAAUCCACCCACCACAUCAAAUAGACCACCACCUUAUCAAUCAACUCAACAAGAUACCAACAAUCAACCUUCCAUACUUUAA